AUGAUUUCAACAAUCGGCACAACAACAAUUCAAACAACUACAGCACCAAACUCGCUAGUUAUGAAUCCAACAUCUAUGUUAGUAGAGAUGAAAAACUUCAUUCCUUCUUCAUAUACUUUCGAAACAAAAAUCCAGAAGAUAAAGCAAGAACUUUUAACAAGUAAUUUAGACUGUAGUGCGAAAGAUGAAACAAAUGAACAGUAUCUUUAUGAAAUGCAGGACAUUAUUGACCAUUUACCCAAAUUGCCUGAAAUCCAACAACAAAAACUAACCAUUCCCGAAUUUGACGAAAUAGAAGUCAAAGCAACUGACUCAGUAGAAAUAAAGAAGUUCAUACGAAAGGUAAAUUAUGAAUUCCUUGGUUUUCAUUGCAACCAUAA